AUGCCUCUACGCCAAAGCCUCUUAAAUUUCUACAAGUCUCGAACUGAGAAUCUCAAGUCCAAACCUGCAGAGCCUUCUAUCACGCGUCCCAACAUGACCCGAAGUGCCAGCUCGACCUCUUCAGACACAGAUCCUGAUACCAUCGUGGUGUCAUCCCAUCCGCCAGCUCAAUUACCUACUCCCUCCGAGAGCUCGUGUGACGUGUCUAUCUUGGAUGCUGAGGUCCUCAAGAUGAAACAGGUGCCUAAAGGACGGGCACGACGCGUCAGUUCACGACUGACAAAGAGCGGUAGCCAGGAUGGUCUGGUAGCAAACAUUGAGGAUGACGAUGUCAAGAACAGAAACGUUAGCGGCAAGACCUUGGUCGACUUGGAUAAUGCAAGCCAGUCAACGCUGGUCAAGGAUGGUAUUGCCGCCUUGGACAUUCCCUGGAACAUGAGCGAGGUGUUUGCACAAGGAGGCAAGAAAGACUUGUUGGACAGCAAACAUGACACGACAAUGGAAGACGCAGAUUCUACAAUGGGCCUUGAAGACGAGGAUGACGAAGUGCGAAAGGAAAAGGCUGCAGCAAAGAAGGCAAAGAUAGAAGAGAAUAACAGGAUAUGGGAAGAAAAACGCCGGGCUGCAGAGAAACAAGCCACCAGACGAUCUUCGCGUGUGCCAGUUCUUGACAAAGCAGGAGAACUGGUCGCCAACAUUGCAAGCAGUGUUCUUGGAAAAAGGAAAGACAGAGCUGGGAGAAGAAGCAUGGCCAACCUACCGUCCGAGGCUGCUCAAGAGCCUGAUUCGAAGAGACGACGUGUUAGCCACGGUGAUGCUCUGACGCUUGAGGAACCUGUUCACAAGAAGCUGCCAGCUCGACGACAAGAGAAGAAAUGGCUAUCAUCAGGUCUCUACGCCGGUCAACCGAGGAUUUUUGACGGUCGUCUUACCGAGAGCAAGAACCGACGCAAGAGCACGCAAGCCGCUGAGCCGAUCAAGGAGAACAAGGUGCUCCCGCUCCCUAUGUUUGCUGGUGAACGCCUUCUCAAGCAGGGCCGCGACUUCAAGUUGCCUUUCGAUAUCUUCUCACCGCUUCCUCCUGGUCAGCCCAAGCCUGAUGAAUGGAAGAAAGUGAACAAGAAUGUCUUUGUCGGCGACGCAGCUCAAUCGUGGCGAGUGUCGAAAUUUGAAGAACACUCCAGCUGCUUGUGCAAGCCGGAGAAUGGCUGUGACCACAAUUGCCUUAAUCGCUACAUGUUCUACGAAUGUGAUGAGCGGAAUUGCAACCUGACUCCUGAGCAAUGUGGAAAUCGCUCCUUCGAAAAGCUACGACAACGAGUCAAAAAGGGUGGAAAGUACAAUAUCGGUGUGGAAGUGAUCAAGACUGACAACAGAGGAUAUGGAGUUCGAAGCAACCGAACAUUCGAGCCGAAUCAGAUCAUUGUUGAGUACACUGGAGAAAUCAUCACACAAGAAGAGUGCGAAAAGAGAAUGAAGACAAUGUAUAAAAAUAACGAGUGUUACUAUCUCAUGCUGUUCGAUCAGAACAUGAUUAUCGAUGCUACCCGUGGGUCAAUUGCACGAUUUGUCAACCACUCAUGCGCUCCCAACUGCAGAAUGGAGAAGUGGACGGUCAAUGGAAAACCACGAAUGGCCCUCUUCGCUGGUGAUCGUGGCGUCAUGACGGGGGAAGAACUGACCUACGACUAUAACUUCGACCCUUACUCCCAGAAGAAUGUGCAAGCAUGCAGAUGUGGUGCCGAAAAUUGCCGUGGUGUUCUUGGACCGCGAACGAAGGAGGACCGAAAGCAGAAAACCCCUGAGGGGGAUAACAAGAAGAUCGGAAAAUUGGCUGGAGCCAAGAGGAAGAUCGCGGAAGCAAUUGAAGAAACUACGAGCCGUGUCACGAAGAAGGCCAAGCUUUCCCAACCCAAGGCGAAGGUCUACAGGUCCAGCGGUCUGGGUAGCCCUCUCAACGUACGAAAGGUGAAGCUCAUGAAGAAGGCUGUUUCUCGAAAGACCAGCGCCACUGCUAUUGGAUUUGCAAGACGGCCAUCGAAGCUUAAGAAGUUGGUCGAAAGUGCGAAGAGCAAGACGGUCAAGCAACGAGUUGUCUCCACAUCAUCAUCGACGGCGUUGAUUGUGAAAGAGAAUCCCAAGGAAACAGCGAAGCCGCUUUCGAGAUCUUCUAGCUUGCGAGACAAGGCUUCCAGCGUCAGGAGUCGAGUUGUUAGGACUGUUCGUGGGAGUCAAAGUGGAAGGAGCAGAACUAUUCGAGCCGUUGCUGAUGAGGCAGAGGAAUUGUGA